GAGCCGGGCGGCACGGGGCGGGGCGGCGUCCGGCCCAGCCAUGGCGGACGAGGGCCCUCGGAAGGGCAGCGUCUCGGCUCUCAUGGGCCGCACCAACGGCCUCACCAAGCCCGCGACGUUGGCCGGUGGCCCUGCCAAACCGGGGGGCGCGGGCGGCUCCAGGAAGCUGGUCAUCAAGAACUUCCGAGACAGGCCGCGGCUGCCUGACAACUACACUCAGGACACGUGGCGGAAGCUUCACGAAGCGGUCAAGGCCAUCCAGAGCAGCACAUCCAUCAGGUACAACCUGGAGGAGCUGUACCAGGCUGUUGAAAAUCUGUGUUCUCACAAGGUGUCCCCGACGCUCUACAGACAGCUGCGGCAGGUCUGUGAAGACCACGUCCAAGCCCAGAUACUCCCAUUCAGAGAAGACUCACUAGACAGCGUUUUAUUUCUAAAGAAGAUUAACACAUGCUGGCAAGAUCACUGCAGACAAAUGAUCAUGAUCAGAAGCAUCUUCUUGUUUUUGGAUCGCACCUAUGUCCUCCAGAACUCCAUGCUGCCUUCUAUCUGGGACAUGGGCCUAGAGCUGUUUAGGAACCAUAUCAUCAGCGACAGGAUGGUGCAGAGUAAGACCAUUGAUGGGAUCCUGCUGCUGAUUGGGCGUGAACGAAGCGGUGAGGCUGUGGACAGGAGCCUGCUUCGGAGUCUGUUAAGCAUGCUCUCAGAUCUCCAGGUAUACAAAGACUCGUUUGAACUGAAGUUCUUGGAAGAGACGAACUGUCUAUAUGCCGCAGAAGGCCAGAGGCUGAUGCAAGACAGGGAGGUCCCAGAAUACCUUAACCAUGUGAGUAAGCGCCUGGAAGAGGAAGCAGACCGAGUGAUCACUUACUUAGACCACAGCACACAGAAACCACUGAUUGCCUGUGUGGAGAAGCAGCUGUUAGGAGAACAUUUGACAGCAAUUCUACAGAAAGGGCUCGACCACCUGCUGGAUGAGAACAGGGUGCCUGACCUCACACAAAUGUACCAGCUCUUCAGCCGGGUGAAAGGAGGGCAGCAUGCUCUGCUGCAGCACUGGAGCGAGUACAUCAAGACCUUUGGGACAACCAUUGUCAUUAAUCCUGAGAAAGACAAAGACAUGGUCCAAGACCUGCUGGACUUUAAGGACAAGGUGGACCAUGUGGUGGAGGUGUGCUUCCAGCGGAACGAGCGCUUCAUCAACCUGAUGAAGGAGUCCUUCGAGACGUUCAUCAACAAGAGACCAAACAAGCCGGCAGAGCUCAUUGCUAAGCACGUGGAUUCCAAGUUACGAGCAGGCAACAAAGAAGCAACAGACGAAGAGCUGGAGAGGAUCCUGGACAAGAUCAUGAUUCUGUUUCGUUUCAUCCAUGGUAAAGAUGUCUUUGAAGCAUUUUAUAAGAAAGACUUAGCAAAAAGGCUGCUGGUGGGGAAGAGCGCGUCCGUGGAUGCAGAGAAGUCCAUGCUGUCGAAGCUGAAGCACGAGUGUGGAGCUGCGUUUACCAGCAAGCUGGAGGGCAUGUUCAAGGACAUGGAGCUUUCCAAAGACAUCAUGGUUCACUUCAAGCAACAUAUGCAGAACCAAAGUGCACCAGGCCCCAUUGACCUCACAGUGAACAUCCUGACCAUGGGCUACUGGCCGACCUACACGCCCAUGGAAGUGCACCUCCCUCCAGAGAUGGUGAGACUUCAGGAAGUUUUCAAGACAUUCUACCUGGGCAAGCACAGUGGCCGGAAGCUGCAGUGGCAGGCCACCCUGGGCCACGCGGUGUUGAAGGCAGGGUUUAAAGAGGGGAAGAAGGAGUUCCAGGUAUCCCUCUUCCAGACGCUGGUGCUGCUCAUGUUCAAUGAGGGGGAUGGAUUCAGCUUUGAGGAAAUAAAAAUGGCCACUGGCAUAGAGGACAGUGAGUUGAGAAGAACACUGCAGUCUCUUGCCUGUGGUAAAGCACGGGUUCUGAUUAAAAGUCCCAAAGGAAAGGAGGUAGAAGAUGGAGAUAAGUUCAUUUUCAAUGGAGACUUCAGACACAAGUUGUUCAGAAUAAAGAUCAAUCAAAUUCAGAUGAAGGAAACCGUUGAAGAACAAGUCAGCACCACAGAGAGAGUAUUCCAGGAUAGACAGUACCAGAUCGAUGCUGCUAUCGUCAGAAUAAUGAAAAUGAGAAAGACUCUUGGUCAUAAUCUUCUAGUUUCUGAAUUGUACAAUCAGCUGAAAUUUCCAGUAAAGCCUGGAGAUUUGAAAAAGAGGAUUGAGUCGCUUAUAGACAGAGACUAUAUGGAGCGAGACAAAGACAGUCCAAAUCAGUACCACUACGUAGCAUGAUGAGCCAGCAGCCUGCGUCUCCCAGUGAGACGCGCUAGAGC